AGAGAGAGAGUCCCUCUUUCAUUAGCGAAAGAGAAAACAAGCAAACAGGAACUCACCCGUCUGUCUUGGUCUUCUCGUCCUCAGCCUCACUGUGUCCUGCUGGCGUCCAAAGAAAACUCGGCCCCGGUGAAGCUGGGCGGCUUCGGAGUCGCCAUCCAGCUCGGAGAGUCAGGACUGGUGGCAGGAGGUCGCGUGGGCACGCCUCACUUCAUGGCUCCAGAGGUGGUGAAGCGAGAGCCGUACGGUAAGCCUGUGGAUGUUUGGGGCUGUGGCGUCAUCCUCUUCAUCCUCCUCUCAGGCUGUCUGCCCUUCUACGGCACCAAGGAGCGACUGUUUGAAGGCGUCUGUAAAGGCAAAUACAAGAUGAAUCCACGUCAGUGGAGCCAGAUCUCAGAAAGUGCCAAAGACCUGGUAAGACGUAUGCUGAUGCUGGACCCUGCAGAGAGGAUCACAGUCUACGAGGCUCUGAAUCAUCCCUGGCUCAAGGAGAGAGACAGAUACUCCUACAAGAUCCACCUGCCAGAGACUGUGGAGCAACUGAGGAAGUUCAAUGCACGCAGGAAGCUGAAGGUACACAAGACGUCCUCCCAUGGCGACGCGAGCGCAGCUGUGAAACAUCUGGAAUGUGUGCUGGAGGAGAUCUCCUGCUACCCCGAGAACCACGAAGCUAAAGAACUCAGGAGGAUCCUGACACAGCCACACUUCAUG